AGUGCUGCGAACUGCUUGCAUAUCUUGAAAAUGGCGGAAGUACCUCAACUCGUGUUCAACAACGGCAGAACAUGUCCCGUCAUCGGCUUAGGGACUUGGAAAUCUAAACCCGGUGAGGUUACACAAGCCGUUAGAGACGCAAUCGACGCCGGCUACCGACACAUCGACUGCGCCCAUAUUUACGGCAAUGAAAAAGAAGUCGGCAAAGCAUUAAAAGCGAAGUUUGAAGAAGGCGUUAUUAAACGGGAGGACAUCUUCAUCACUUCUAAGUUAUGGUGCACGUUCCACCGCCCGGACCUCGUGGAGGGGGCGCUGAGGACAACGCUGCAGAACCUCGGCCUGGAGUACUUAGACUUGUACCUGAUUCACUGGCCUCAAGCUUUCCAGGAAGAAGGUGAACUGUUUCCAGUAGACGACGCAGGGAAAGUGAUCCCAUCGCCCGUGGACUAUGUGGACACUUGGAAGGCAAUGGAGACGCUCGUUGACAUCGGGCUGACCAAGAGCAUAGGUAUAUCCAACUUCAACAAGAGACAGAUCGACAAGCUGAUGGAAACCGGGAGGAUUAAACCAGCAGUUUUGCAGAUCGAAGUCCAUCCGUACCUGAAUCAAGAAAAGCUUAUUAAUUACGCCCGAUCCCUUGGUAUCACGAUCACUGCGUACUCGCCCCUCGGCUCUCCGGACAGACCGUGGGCGAAGCCUGGUGAUCCUCAACUCUUGGAAGAUCCUCUGCUCAAGACCAUUGCUGACAAAUACAACAAGACUGCUCCUCAAGUCCUUAUCAGAUAUGCUAUAGACCGCAGCCUGAUCGUGAUUCCGAAGUCAGUCACCAAAAGUCGAAUCAUCUCGAACUUCGACGUGUUCGACUUCCAACUGUCUCCUGAGGAUAUCGAAGCGAUCGGUACCUUGGAAUGUAACGGCAGACUGUGCACAAUGAGCGAUUUCCAUCACCCGGAUUAUCCUUUCGCGGAUGAAUAUUAAUAAUCAUAUUUUUUUAUCAUCACCUUAAGGAAAAUGAUAUAGAAUUAUUUUAAUGUAUUUUUUUUUUUUUUUUGUAAUAGUAAUAUAAACAGCAAUGUUUUUCUUACACUGAAAAUAAACAAAUUCUAAUGUACCAGC